UGCUUGGCGGGCGGAGGCGCCUCCUACACCUCAAAAGGUCUUCUUGGGCGGAGGAGGUUCCUUGUGGAGGGAGUGUAUCAGGCCGUGUGCACCUUAGGGCCUUUCCGUGUGAAGCCAUGAUACCCCGGUUCCUUGAAGAAACAGCUGAGGCGGGGAGCGGCAGCAGACGGAGCGGUUACUGUGACGGGAAACUGUUGGUGUAACACCCCAAACGCCUAAUGACUGGGUUGUAAGAACAAGGAAAUUUAGAAUCAGUUUGGAAUCCAGAUUAAACAGAGAUGUUUUGCCAUUGGUUGAUAGUAAGGAGGUUAUGUUUCAAGAAACUACAAUUGCAGGCAAGAGCAUUAUCUGGGGCUGAUGCUAUAAAUGCUCUGCGACCAUUCUAUUUUGCAGUACAUCCAGAUUUUUUUGGUCAGCAUCCCAGAGAAAGGGAAAUCAAUGAAAAUUCUCUGAAAAGAUUAAAUGGUUAUUUAGAAAAUCUCCAGAAACCAGGCUUCAGAUCAUUUAAACCAACUCAACUCACUUUUUAUGUACGAGAGAGAGAACAAAGCCCUUCCAGUGUCCAAGAACCAUUUGGUGCUGCAGGAUUUCGAGCAGUGAGUUUUACUUUGCGCACCAAAGACUUGUUAAGCACAGUGUUAGAUAUCUUGAACUCCUGCAGUUUAUCUACGGAUCAUGUCCAAAGCUUGAAUGGCAGUGUAAAUAAUCAGUCUACUCAGGAAACCAAAAGAAUGUUUCCCAGGCCUAUUAAAUGGGACAAGACAUACUAUUCUUUUACUGGAUUCAAAGAUCCUGAGGAAGAACUGGAGCAAGCCCAGAGGAUGGAAACUACCCUGAGCUCCUGGUUAGAUAAUAAUGAAAAAAGUGCCACGAAGAAGUUGAAGGACAGCUUACCACUCAGAAAAGAAUUAGAUCGUUUGAAAAAUGAACUGUGUCAGCAGUUGCAGCUCUCUGAUAUUAGAUGGCAGAGGAGUUGGGGUAUUGCUCAUCGAUGUAGCCAGUUACAUAGCCUAAGUCGCUUAGCACACCAGAGUCCAGAAGCACCUAAGAAUGCUAAAGGACAAACAGUGAUAUUUACAGACCGCUCAGGAAUGAAUGCAACAGGCUAUGUUAUGCUAGGAACAAUGGACGUUCAUCACCAUUGGACCAAAAUUUUUGAGAGGUUGCCAAGUUACUCUACACUGCAAAAAAAAGUGCUGUUUCUAGAGGAGCGCAUUAGCCAACUUUUGGGAGGCAUACAAAUAACUUAUGUUGAAGAGCUUCAGCCAAUGUUGACAAUUGAAGAGUAUUAUUCUAUUCUUGACAACUUUUAUGAUCAAGUGCAUAAUAAGAGACUUCCAUUUCACCCUAAUAGUCUGCGUGGAUUGCAAAUGAUUCUAGAAAGUGACAGAUAUGCACCAAGUCUUCAUGAACUUGGUUACUUUAUCAUCCCAGUAGUCUGUGAUCUAGUAACUCUUCAGUGGUUUAUCAUGGACAAAACUCACCAAGCAAGAGAAAAACUGAAAAGAAAGGAAGAGUCCAUACUACUAGAAAAGAAGCUGAUCAAGACUGCCACAGAUAAAUUUUGUCUUCAACAGCUAUAUAAAGAACCCAGUGUUUCCAGUGCACAGAUGAUUCAUUCAUGCAGCAAUCUAUUGGAAGAACCAUUGCCAUAUUUGCAAGGUAUGCAUCUCUGCAUUUCCCACUUCUUUUCUGUUCUGCAAGAUGGAGACCUCUGUAUCCCUUGGAACUGGAAAAACUGAAAGUAAAUGCUGCUAUAUUCAAUGUAAAAGAGAACAAAUGUCAUUUAUGCAUUGGUAUAAAUUACUAAAUUGAAUAUUUUCCAAACUAAAUUAUGAAUAAAAAUUUCAUGCCAGUAUUAGGAAGCAAGGCAGAGCAUUUCUCUGGAUUUUUCUGUUUUCUGUUGUUCAGAAAAUUGCAAAGUAUUAUGUCUGCGUUUUUUGUUGUUGUUGUUUUGCAAGACUAUAUAUUUAAGGGGAGUUGAAUCUCUCCAUUAAGUUGCAUAUGACUGGGUUUCAAGACUGUAAUGAAACUAUAUAGUGGGGAAUGAGGUACACAAACUUUGAAUGUAAUCCAGGUAGCACACAAAUGUGAAUCUUACAUGUUAAAGUAUAUAUAUUCCCAUGUAAUACAUGAACAUGUGGAUUUCAGUAAGCACAAAUUGUGUUUGGAGAAGCCUUCUUAGAAUGAAAAAUGGUCAUUGAAAUUAUUCUGUGGUGGAAAUGUUCUUGAAAAUAAAUAUUUCUGCAGCAGCCUAGUGGUAAAUAUUACUGAUAUACUGUAUUUAUUUUGCAGAAUUAUUGUACACCUUGUUUGAGAAAAUUUUAUAAAGGUCUGUUGAAAUGUUUUGUCUGUUAGAUCUUGCACUUUAUAUUUUUCAUGUAAAUAAAAGUAGCUCUAUAUAUGGUCAA